GGGCCUAACGGGCGCGCGCAGCCGUGAUUGUUGUGAAGAUGGCGGAGGAGGAGGCUGAGAAAGAAUACAACAGAAGAGAAGAAACCGUGGCCCUGAGAAAACGGUUCCAGGAAUUAACCACGGUGUUACGAGACAGCGCAGACUCGGCGUUAGACGCCUCCGCUAGCUUCUGCCACGGAUUUUGCCAGAUACUUGUGGAACAUGGGGGCCAAUGGAAGUCAGAGGAAGAUCCACUGCCUUUGCUGGAGAUGUAUACAGUGGCUAUACUAUGCUUUGCAGAGGCCACCCCACUUCUUUUUCCCGAAUGUGAACAUGUCACGGUUGUCCUUGAGAAGUUAGCUUUGACUUGUCUGGAUUUUCUGCUCUCACUUUCGGUGAAAGUACCAGAUGCCCUAUGGGAAGAAUUUCAGUCUUCUGUCAAGGUGGCACAUGGUAUCCUUCAGGGCAAUGGAAAUUUGCAGCUUAGUACACUGAUGGCUGUAGCUAAUGAAAGUGGGGUUUGGACCAACACCACUCUGUGUCACAUUCUAUCAAACAACAUACCUGAUGUUGAAAAAGGUAAAGUUCAUGAGCUCCUAGCUAAGGAAGGACCUACACUGCUUGAUAUGCGUAUAAAGCAUCUUAUCAAACAGAAAUGUGUGGAAAAAGCAGCGGUUCUUGCAAAAACAUGUGCAGAGUUUCCUGAAUUUGGUGGAAAGAAGAAUUUCAAGCAGAUUUACCUUGUAUGUCUGUGUGAGACAAUGUCACAACAAGAACUCAUGCAAGAGAUAAAGGAGAUUGACUGCAAAGAUGCUUUGGAUAUGAUUUGUAACUUAGAAUCUGAAGAAAAUGAAAAAGGUGCCCUGAGCCUUUGCACUGCUUUUUUCAAGCGCCAACUUCUCCAAGGGGAUGUGUAUUGUGCUUGGGAACUGACCCUGUUUUGGAGUAAGCUCCUGAUACGUCUUGAAUCAGCACAGGCCUUUUUGGAUCAAUGCCGUCUAUUAGCACAACUCUCUGGCAGUGUUUACCAUAUUCUUCUACUCAUCAAAGUUAUCCAAGCAGAGGUUCAGAAUGAAGGACUUCCAGUGUGCAUUGAAAUGUGCAUUCAAGCUCUGAAAAUAGGAUUGAGUGACAAUGAAGACUGCAACACAACCAUCUGCAAAACUAUCUCCUGCUUGUUGCCCUUAGACUUGGAAGUGAAGCGGGCAUGCCAGUUAACUGAGUUUCUUGUUAAACCCACUGUGGAUUCCUACUAUGCGGUUGAAACGCUCUUCAACGAACCUGACCAGAAACUUGAGGAGGAAAGUCUCCCGAUUCCGAAUUCACUACGCUGUGAUUUGUUACUGGCCUUGAAGACACAGUGGCCUUUUGACCCUGAAUUCUGGGACUGGAAAACUCUGAAGCGCCAUUGCCUUGCUCUGAUGGGGGAGGAAGCAUCUAUUGUGUCUUCCAUUGACAAAUUAAAUGACAGUGAGGAAAAUGAAGGGCUGCUAGAUGCUGAUGAGAAUGAUUUCAAACAUCUGGAAUUCUCCCUUAGUCCAACAAGUGAGUCUAGUGGCCUUGAAGCUGAGAGAAAGAAAAAAAGGGAAAUGAAAAAGCUGAGGGAAAAGGGAUUUGUGUCUGCAAGAUUUCGCAACUGGCAAGCUUAUAUGCAGUAUUGUGUAUUGUGCGAUAAGGAGUUCCUUGGGCACAGGAUAGUGAAGCAUGCACUGAAGCAUGUCCAAGAUGGUAUUUUCCGUUGUCCAAUAUGUACCAAGACAUUUGAGACAAGAGCAGUUCUUGAGCCUCAUGUAGCAUCACACGUGAAACAGUCGUGCAAAGAGCGGCUUGCUGCUAUGAAUGCGAAAGACAAAAAAUUGAGUUCUCCCGAACCGCUGUUGAUUAAUAGUAAACCAGAAUACAGCAAGUCGCCUGUAAAGGUUGACCAGACUGUGUGCACUACCGUUGUAGGACCUUCAAACACUAAUUCUAGCACUGCUGGAAACGUUAAACCUAAAAUAUCCUCUCCAAAACGAGGGAACCCUGUACGUGAUGUUGAAAACACUGAAGAUUGCUCUUGUCCUGUUACAAGCUGUCAGAAAGUAUUCAAGUACUUCAGAAAUUUGGUUGCACAUGUUAAGGCUCACAAAAAUGAAGAGGAGGCUACACAUUUUCUUGAAGUACAAAGCCAGAAAGCAAUUUGCCAGUAUUGCCGUCGACAGUUCGUUAAUAUGACUCAUUUAAAUGAUCACUUACAAAUGCAUUGUGGUGAGAAACCGUACUUCUGCAUUCAGCUGGGAUGCAAAUGCAGCUUUAGCUCACAUGCCGAACUUCUCAUGCACAGAAAGGUGCAUUCAGAAUUCCAGGCACAGUGUAUGUUUCCAAACUGUGGGAGAGUAUUCAGUGAAGCUUACUUACUCUAUGAUCAUGAAGCACAGCACUACAUCACGUUCACUUGCAAAAGUGACAAUUGUGGCAAGAUAUUUUACUCUCUGUCUCAACUGAAUUUACAUCAGAAAGAGCACUCGAAGCCAGAGUUCGCUGAAGUUGAGGGUGUAAGGCUAGAAAGUGAGACAGAAACCCAGGAAUCUUUAAACAUAGAACAGACGUCAAACCAAGUCGCUGAUGUUCUGCAAGAUUCUAGUCUACAGAACACAAAACAGUCUGUUGACAACAUGUUAAACUCUACUCAUGGUGGUGUAGAGGAGCCUGAUCACUCUUUAUCUUACACAAGUGAAUCAUCAGUCACACAUGACCAGUCACCAGCUAGGGGCCCUUCUGUUGCACAGACUAAUGAGGCAACUAAGACACCAAACACAGCUUGCGUGAUGCAGUCUGGCGUUGAGUCUGCAAACCAGAUUAAUCUUCGGUCAUGUUAUGUGAAAGUGAUGCCCAUUCCAAUCAAGUAUGAUGAUUCUGUUUUCUUAAAUGCUCUUAAGAGCUCCGAUGCUACGUCUCAGUCAAUUUUGAAUGAUAAGAAGCUAUUUUGCUUUACUUGUAAACAGCUCACAACUGUUCAAAAGACACCUGAUUUACAAAAUGGAACUUCGGCUAAUGCGUAUGUACAGCCGUUGUCACAAAAUAAUGUGGAAAAUGGAGUAGAUAAUCUUACUCACAUCUGUCCAUUUGAGACUUGCACACGAAAAUAUAGCACUUCAAAAAGUUUGUCAAGACACGUUAAAAACGUGCAUAUUGAAGCCUUUGAAGAGUGGAAACUGUCGAGGAAGUACAAGAGGAUUGCGGAAAUUGCUGCAAGAAAAUCUGACCAUGCACACUCAAAUUUUCAGACUUCCAAAAAAAGGAUAAAGUCUUCUGCUAAAGCAAUACCCCAUCAGUAUCCAAAAGUCCAGCAGAUUAAGCCAGACUCUACAGCUGCAAAUCCCAUUCCAAGUCUUUCUGGUCCUAUAGAUUCACAAACCUUUGGUGCCAAAUUUUGCCCUCAAUUUGAAGGUGCUCAGAAUGAAACUCCACUAACCGAGACUCCGAUAAUGCAGUCACAGAUGGCGCAGUCAUGGACUCCAACUUCCUUUGAUGGCUACAAUUCUGAUUACUCUCUCCAGAAUCACUUCCCGCCAAUGAUCAUGCCUGAUGGCUUACAGCAGACUUAUCCAUUAUACCUGUCACACACUGAUCUACUUUCAGAAAGAGACAUGGAUUAUGCUCCUUCCUUAUCUGAUGACAGUAACACAUUAUCAACAGGAAACAUGCAUUCGCACUCAAGUGUAAUGAAUGAAGCUUCUAAAUAUGUUUCAAGCUCUUUGAGGGUUUUGCACGCUCUUAAUGGCGAUCAGACAUGUGAGAUAACACAAAUGCCACCAAGUGAAGAACUCGGAUACAUGCCGAUCAGACAAAACCAAAACAGUGGUGUUCCAGCCGAUGUUAGUGAUCUGCAUUCUGUGUCAGAACAGAAUUUCAAUCCAUAUUUUCCAUCUUAUCAGUCAGAGACGUGUACCCCUGCAGUACAGACCCUGUUAAAGCCAGAAAAAGAAUACACAGUUAGUGAUGCUAAUCCACUGUUCUCGUCAGAUGUUAAAAAUCAAAACCAUUUUGCAUUGCCUAUUUGCAAAGAAGAACCUGAAUGUUUUUCUGUUUCAAAUCCCAGUUCUACAGCAAUGGAAAAUGAACAGAAUAAUGAUUUACUCUCACAAGAAAUGUCACCAGUGACAAGUGAAGACAUUUCUUGUGGCGACAAUAGUGUUACGAGUCCUGGCGAAAUCAUGAAAACGAAGAAGAUCAGACCGUCAAAGAGGACUAAGUGGCCUGCCAUAAUAAAAGACGGAAAAGUUAUUUGCUGCAGGUGCUACAGGGAGUUUAGCAGCACCAAGUCUCUUGGAGGACACUUAUCUAAGCGCUCUCAGUGCAAACCAUUAGAUGAAGUUGAUCUAACUGCUGAUUUGCCUACAUCAUUUCUUGAUUUUCUGAACGAUCCAGAUAUUUCAACCAUCCCAAUAUCUCUUCAGAGAAACGACAUGCUUGGCCAAGAUCCUCAAUCACUUAUACAGCAGUCGGAAUCAGAUGUCCUUAACAGUAGCAGCUUUACAGAAAUCCAUAGCCCAAAUUACAGUCUUCAGAAUGGCCAUCUGUCAUCUGGAGAGACAUCUGAAAGUCCUUUUAUAUCCCCUCCUAAUCAGAGUGGCAGUUCAUCUACUGCGCCAUCUUUGAAAAUUCUCGAUUUGCCAGAAACCGUUACCGAAAGUAACUCGAAAGCUGAAAUGUCUUCUACAUCUCCCGUUGAAGAUGGCAACAUUUUAGAAAUUGAACGGGCAUUACAACGCUUAGAUUUAGUAGAUGGACUCACCCAAGACACCUUAAAAGUUAGAACACCUGCCUUGCAAAAUCUUAUGACGGUCACCGAAACAACAACUAAGAGCUGUAAUAAAAUGAAAAGUCAGGUGGAAACUCAUGAUCUGAAGAAUAAUCUCAAACCAUUUAAAUGUACUGAACAUGGCUGUGUCUAUGGUGCAAUGACAAAGGAAGCUUUAUUUAAACAUCUUGUCCGUGUACACGAAUUCACUGAGGACAAAGUAAAUGAACUGAAGAGAAACCCAGACAGAUUAUCACCAUACAUUUGUCACUUGUGCUCAAAGACAUUUACUAGAACCACAGGCCUUAAAAUCCACUAUAAAAAUGUACAUCAUUUGUCAAGGGAGGAAAUAUCUAAAUUAAAAAUUGGCAGACAAAGCAGAAAGACAAAAGCAUCUAACCCUGCAUCAAAAGAUGCAACAAAGGACUUUGCCAUGUCUCCGACAAAAAGUGCUCCUGUGCAGUGUGCUACAACUGUAGCUACUGGCAUGGCAAGUACUCAUAUAAAGAGUGAACCAGGAGAUAUUGCAGGAAAAAUGCAAUGUCUUAAUCAAGUUGACCUAAUAAGCAGUGUUAUUAUUCCAGCUCCUGAUAUGUUACAGCAAAAUCCCUGUCCUGUUUUAAUAUCAGAAAAGGAUUUAAAACCACCUCAAGUUUCAUGUCACACUGCAGAUAACCCGAGUGUGCAGAGUUCAACAGCAGGUGUUAGUCAAGAACCAGCAGCUGGAAACUCUGUUCCUCUUGACAAACAUUGUGUUUUGGAGCAAGCUGCAAAUGCCUCAUCCACACAUGUUGGAGAAAGUGUAGCAGAAGACAUGGACAAGUCAAAAAAGUUAAAGCCUAAGGAGAGGUUUGAACCCAUUAAAAAAGAGAAACCACACAAGAAGCUUGUGGCCAAAGUUGAAUCUGUUGAUGCAAAUGAUGAAGUUAGUUUGUACAGGCCAUACCGAUGUGUGCAUGAAGGAUGUGUAGCAGCUUUUUCUAUACAGCAAAAUCUCAUCUUGCAUUACAAGGCAAUGCAUCAGUCAGAGUUUUUAGAUGAAGCAAAUGAAAACCUCACUGGUGAUCAUGGUGAUGGGUCUGCUCGUGUCCAUGAAUUCAAAUGUCAAGUUAAAGAAUGUUCAAAGGUCGUCUCUAAAGUUACAAGCUUACUCAAACAUUAUCUUUUGCUCCACAGAUGCACCAUAGAAAAAGCUAGUGCUUUGCUGUCUGGUAUUGAAGUAGGGAAAUUUCAAUGUGACCAGUCAAAAUGUUCUGCAUAUUUCACAUGUCAUCUGAAAUACAUUGAUCACAUUAAGAAUGACCACAAAGCAAUAAGAGUUUCUGCAGAUGGAGACUUUGAAAGUGUCGACCUCACGUUCAGGUGUGAAUAUGAGGGUUGUGACCGGGUCUAUACCACAAAGUCUAACCUUCUACGACAUUUCAUGAAAAAACAUCAAACGACUUUUGAAACCAUUAAACAGAAACAAAAAAAAUGUGACGCAGAAACCGAAUCGGCAAAAACACUUGCCGCAAAGCCUAAUGACGGAAAGGAGAAUAUUUCAAGUAACAAGAUUAAACUGAAAAAGAAAAGUUUAAAGAAAAAGGAGGAAAAAGCCCGUAACCACUGGACAAGCUUUGGAAAGCCCUCUUUGAAAUCAAUGGAUGAGGCAUCUGCCAUGUGCACUGGGCAAUUUCUUCUACAAUACCCAUGUAUGAUUAAGGGCUGUGACUCGGUCUCCAGUACAGAGCGGAACGUAGUUAAGCAUUACACCACUCAUGGUCUCACAGAACGCUACAUCGAGAAUCAGAGGAGUCAUUUCAUUUUCUGUAAGAAGACCUCAAGAUUACGGAACAAGGAAGGAGGUAAAUCAGAUGACAUUUCAUCAGACACCACUGAACUUGGAAAGGCUGAUUUGUAUGAAAAUACUGAUCCUGCUGAAAAAGCUGAUCGUCAGCAACAGGUGGAUCUCUUGGAAGCAGUUGAUUUCACCCAAAAUACUGAUUCCUCACAAAGGGCAGAUCAUCAGCAAAAUGCUGACCCCACACGAAAGACUGAUCCUCAGCAAAAUGCUGAACCCUCACAAAAGACUGAUCCUCAGCAAAAUACUGAACCUCAGCAGAAGGCUGAUCCUUCUAACUCCAUGCUUAUCUCUCAGGAUCUAGAGCCUGAAAAUGGAACACCUCCUAAAACUGAACAACUGGCUUUUGUGAACUGUACAUCCGAACUAAUACCAGUAAAGCGCAAAAGGGGGCGGCCGCGAAAGUCAGAACAGACACUAAAAAUCCAUCCAGAACGGAAACAAAGUCUUAGACACACCACUACAGAUAACGACCUUGUACCAAAAGUUUCCGAAUCGACAUCAAAUCCUGCUGCCCAUCACCAGGAGCAGACAGAGAGUGGAGUUGCACAAAAGCUUUUUAGUCCUUUAGGAUUUAAGGCAUCAAUACUUAAGUUAUUUGAAGAGCCUCCACCUACAAAUACUUUCAAGCGGAAAUCAUCUGAAAGUGAUUGGACUGACAAGCCGUUAAAGCGAAAACAAAAGAAUCUAAAUGCUAAUAGUAUCUAUAAUAAUGCUAUGUUCCUGAAGAAAGGUGAGGACCAAAAUAUGGUUCAUUUCAGAAAUCCUCUCAAGCUAGAGUCUGUCAAUAAUGUUAAGAUUGUUAUGGAUGGAAGUUUUUCCAAUGGUGCUGAUCUUUUGCUGAAACAACUUCAGGACAUGCGGCCUACGGUCAUCCUGAAAAAGUGGCUGUGCAGUUGAUGACUGGCUUUGAGACUGAUGUCUCUGUCUCUUUUCAGAGCUUUGCACUCAGGAUUAGAUAACGUUACAUGCUGCAGACAGGUACAUCAGCUAACAGGUUGUCUGAGGUUUUUCAAGUGUUUCAUUUGAUUUGGGAAGACUGAAAAAGACAGAUUCUUAUACAAAAUAUUGAUUUUACAUUUUGAGAUACCAUUAUGUACAUUAGGGUUUAAAUGUUAUGUAGAAACAUAUUUGUAUUUAUGAAGUCAGUUCUCUUUUAAAGCUUAGCAUUUGCUAAAUGUAAUAUUUUACACACAUGCUGAAAAAAUGUUUUGAUAUAUCCCUAUGGGAUCUGUUUCUUUUUUAAGUAUAUAUUUAUUUUUUACUUCACUGUAGUGUAUAGUAAUGUAUAUGUCUUCCACACAAUAUUCAAUAAAAGUAACCUGAAUGCUUUCUGUAAACAACAGUU